CACUAGAAAUUCUGUUUUGCAACAUGCCCCCGAGCGGGAUUUUGGCGCUUCUGAGGAAACUCCUUUAGUGACCCCCAAAUGAGCAAAUCCAACGACAAAACCAAACCAUGAAGUCUGAAGAGGAAGAAAUGCUUCUUAGUUGGUCACAUGUCUUAAGAGCUCAGAGCGAUCAUCUUGAAGUUUUGAAACUUCCCAAGAAAGAAUUUCCUUAUUUUACAGAAAAUCUGAGUACAGAAAGAUGAGCAACAGGAGUGUGGACCGAGAGCUUCUUGCGGCGAAGUCACAUGGAAAGACCAUUUCUUCCAAAAUGAGCAUCGGACACGGGAAGGGGUAUUCUUUGUAACGGGAGCUCUGAAGUCUGGGGCUGACAAGAUGGGCUUAGAGAACCCCUCGCCUCCUCAGCAGCUCUGCCUCAUUUUCAUUGGAUUGUCCCUGCUGUCUUUGGCAGAGACAUAUGGAUUCAGUAAAUGUACACAGUAUGAAUUGGAUAUUCGCCAUGUUUUCUGCAUUCGGAAGAAGAUCGUCAACUUGACAGAGGCCAUUUCUGACAUCCCGGGAUACACUACUCACCUCAACCUGACACAAAACCAAAUUCAAACCCUUCCUCCCUACGGCUUUACUAAUCUGUCCGCUCUGGUGGACUUGCGACUGGAGUGGAACGCCAUCUGGAAGAUUGAGAAGAGGGCUUUUUGGGGACUUGAAAAUCUGACCCUUUUGAACCUGAUAGAAAAUAAUAUUCGCAGUGUGAACGACUCCUUUGAGGGCCUGUCCAACUUGGAGACUUUGCUCCUGAGCCAUAAUCGAAUCACCAACAUUCACAAAAAUGCCUUUGUCCCUCUUUUCAACCUGAAACACUUAAGCUUGUCUAGAAACCAUAUUAGCAAUUUUUCAAAUGUUCUCGAAGCGGUCCAGCAUCUCCCGCGCCUGGAAUACCUGGAUCUCACCCUCAACAACAUCAGCAUCCUGGACCACAGCCCCAGGUUGUUGGUCUCCCUGACCCAGCUGAGCCUGCAGGGGAACAAACUAACGGAAUUAAAUUUCUCUGCUUUGUCACUGCCUAAUGUGACCACUCUGGAUGUCUCUCAGAAUAACCUGGCAGACGUCCGGCAUGUGGCUCUGGAAACUCUGCCCCAGCUGAGGAGCUUGAAUCUCAGUGGGACAUCGAUGAGACUGGAGAUGCUGCCAGCCGAACACCUACAGAAUCUAAGCGAAAUAGACCUUAGUGACCAGGUGUUUCGAGGCAGCCAUUUAAUAAACGUCAACCGUGUGUGUCAUUUUCUCAGAAGCUUGCCCGUGUUAGAGGCUUUGGUCUUUAGGCAAAAGGCCACGGAGGCAGGGGACAUAAAGCAUCUCGCCAACUGUACCAGGCUUUUGUCCCUUGACCUGAGACAAAACUAUAAUCUGGUUUACCUCAAUGACAGUGAGUUCAAUGGCAUGCCCAGCCUCCAAAGGCUGCAACUAGACAGGUGCCAACUUGCCUUUGUCACCAACCAGACCUGGAGUGGCCUCCAGAACUUGACGACCCUACAUCUGAGUCACAACAAGUUUAAAGGAUUUCCAGAUUUUGCCUUUUCACCCUUGAGGUCCCUACAAUUUCUUUUCCUCUCUAAAAAUCCCAUCACGGAACUCAGUGCUAGGGCCUUCUAUGGGCUGUAUUCUCUGAAGGAGCUCAACGUGGCUGGAUGCUGGAUAGUGCAAAUCGACAGAUACUCCUUUGCUCAGUUUCCAAAUUUGGAGAUUUUAGACCUUGGAUACAACAAUCUUCGAACUCUAAAAUCCAAAACCUUUCAUUUUCUGAAGAAACUGCAAGUUCUGAUUCUCUCCCAGAACCGCCUGAAUAGUAUAGAGAAGAAUGCAUUCUCUGGCCUUACCUACCUUACUCAACUUGACCUGGCAUACAAUAUCUUGUCAAGCUUCAGUGCAAGUAUUUUCUUGGGCCUUGAAAAUCUAGAAGUUUUGGAUCUCAGUUUUAAUAAAAUCACCUACGAAACCACCAGAACCUUGAGCUCUCCCCCAUUUAUGAACCUCAAGUCUUUGAAACAACUCAACCUAGAAGGACAAAUGCAUGGGGUUCAGGUUGUUCCCACCAACUUCUUCCAAGGGCUGCACGCCUUGGAGGAGCUACUCCUAGGCAAAAAUUCCAUGGUGUUCUUGGACCAUCACCAGUUGGACUGCCUGACUAAUCUCACAAAGCUGGAUAUCUCCGGAACAAAAUCUGGAGACCGGAGUCUUUAUUUAAAUAUUUCCUUAUUCCGAAAACUCAAAAGACUACAGAUGCUGCGUCUGGAAAACAACAACAUCGAGUCACUGACUCCCGGCAUGUUCUCUGGCUUAGAAAGCCUUCAGGUCUUCUCUUUAAGAUUCAACAACCUGCAAGUCAUUAAUCAGAGUCAUCUGGCAAACUUGACGUCUCUGAGAUACUUUGAUCUCUAUGGAAACAAAUUGCAAUGCAACUGUGACAAUGUGUGGCUCAAGAACUGGUCCAUCAACACAGCGGAUGUCCAUAUCCCUUACCUCCGGAGCUACCCCUGUCAGCAGCCAGAUACCCAGAGCUUGUUGGUCGAUUUUGAUGAUGCUAUGUGCAAUUUUGACUUGGCAAAGGUUUGCUUCUUCUGCUCCUUCAGUCUGGUCCUUGUGACAAUGGUCUUCUCUUGGUUUGGUGCCAAGAUCACUUCAUCUCUGUGGUAUGGGCUCUACAUAUUUCAAGCCUGGUACCUGGCCAAGUGGCAUAGGACAAAGAAGGAAUUCCUCUAUGAUGCCUUUGUCUCUUUCACUGCCACUGAUGAGCAGUGGGUAUAUGAAGAGCUGGUUCCAGCCCUUGAAAAAGAUGGCCAGCCCACCUUUAAGCUCUGUCUUCACCACCGGGACUUUGAACCUGGCAUAGACAUCUUUGAGAACAUUCAGAACGCCAUCAACACCAGCAGGAAGACGCUGUGUGUGGUCAGUAACCACUACCUGCACAGUGAAUGGUGCCGCCUCGAAGUGCAGCUGGCCAGCAUCAAGAUGUUCUACGAGCACCAGGAUGUCAUCAUCCUGAUCUUCCUGGAAGAGAUCCCAAACUAUAAGUUAUCCAGCUACCACCGACUCAGGAAACUUGUGAACAGGCAGACGUUUAUCACCUGGCCCGACUGUGUCCACGAGAGGCCGCUCUUCUGGGCUCGUAUUAGAAAUGCGCUGGGCAACAAGUCCGUGGAGAAGGACAAUGCGCAGCUAAUUGUGGUUGAGUGACCGGAAGUCUUCGUGACCGCAAGUGCAAUGUUGUCCAAGGUGUGCAGAGGCUA